AGGCGUGGUACGUGUGCACAACAUUAGGUUUGGCGCGAAAAUCCUUUUGUUCACAACAACUUUACUUUUAGGCUGCCCUUGGGAUAUACGUGUAGUCUUCUACACAUCGCGUCCCCUACCUAGUUGCACAGAUUCCGAUUACAGUCGUGGUCAGAGCUGUUGUUUGUGUUCCUGGUAAAUCGUAUAAUCGUCCAAAAUGGUUCGUCGAUCCACCCGCACCCGCAGCGCCCCUACCCGCUUCGGCUACACCGACCGGUUUGAGCCGUAUGCACGCAAGACUAAACGGGAAACGACGCGCACCGAAGGGCGACGCUACGUACCCGCGACACCACUGACUCUGCCUACGCUGAAAGAAAAAAAGACGCAACUCAAGGUGUUGUCUGUGGAUCUUAGUGUUGAGCGAAACCAGCAGGAGCAUAAGACCAGCAAGUACAAGGUUGACAAUCUGGUCCUGCGUCGUGGUCAACCGUUCCACCUCAAUGUCAAGUUUGACCGAGACUUCAAGCCGAGUACCGAUGAACUUGUAUUGGAAUUACGAAUGGGCAGCCGUGCCAACGUGACCAAGGGCACUCGCUGUGUGGCCCCCGUGGUAACAUCAGCCCCCGACCACGACGAUUGGGGCAUUAAGGUGGAGAGUGCCAAAGGAGCCAAUGUGACGCUGAAGGUCUUCUGUAGUUCGGAGGCUCUGAUUGGCUACUACAAUCUGUACAUCUUGACGACGAGCGGCGGGGACGAAUACGAGUAUGAAUCUCCCAAGGAGCUUGUCAUGCUGUUCAACGCCUGGUGUAAAGAUGAUGGGGUGUAUAUGGCUGAUGAGGUGAAACGGCAGGAGUACGUCAUGGGUGAAGUCAGCCUGUACUUCUACGGUUCCAAGUAUCGUAUUGGCUCAUCCCCAUGGAACUACGGGCAGUUUGAGAAGAUGUCGUUGGACUGUGCCCUGUAUUUGCUGCAGAAGUCUGGCAUGCCCGACUCUAGCCGCAAGAGCCCCAUUCAGGUUUCCAGGGUUUUAUCUGCCUUGGUCAAUGCCCAAGAUGAUGACGGGGUUCUCGUGGGAAGAUGGGAUGGGGAGUAUGACGACGGGAUUUCCCCAACCACCUGGACUGGGAGCAUCGCCAUCUUGUCCCAGUACAUGAAGACUCGGGAAUCGGUCAAAUACGGCCAGUGUUGGGUGUUCGGAAGUCUGCUCACUGGACUGUGCAGAAGUCUGGGUCUACCCACCAGGACCAUCACCAAUUUCGCCUCGGCUCACGACACCGAUGGCAACCUGACUCUUGACUACCACUACGAUGAGAACUCGGAACCGUUGGAUGACUAUGACGAAGAUAGUAUCUGGAAUUUCCACGUGUGGAAUGACUGCUGGAUGGCCAGGCCCGAUCUGGAGGAGGGUUAUGGGGGCUGGCAGGCCGUGGAUGCAACUCCACAGGAAACAAGCAACGGUGUGUACUGCAUGGGACCUACCUCUCUGCGCGCCAUCAAGCAGGGUCACGUGUACAUGCAGUAUGACACCAAGUUUGCCUUCGCCGAGGUCAACGCUGAAAAAGUCUACUGGAAGGUCUUCACGAAAUCUAGAAAGGCCCCGGAGGUCAUAGACAUUGACUCCGAUGAUGUCGGUUGCAAGAUCAGCACCAAAGCUGUCGGCAAAUUUGAGCGUGAGGACAUCACUGAGCAGUACAAGUACAAGGAAGGAACGGAGCUGGAGCGCAUCGCCGUCAGGGAGGCCAGCCGUCACGUACGCAAAGCAAAGAGAAUUCUCAAGAACCUCGUCCGUGACGUGAGCUUUGACGUGGAUAUGGCGGAGGAGUUCCCCAUUGGGAAAGACAUCAAGUUCACCAUCACUUUGGUGAACAAGUCACAGCAGACACGUAACAUCUUUCUGGGUGUGACAGGAAACACCGUGUACUACACAGGUGUUAAGAAGGCUAAGGUGUCGUCCUACAAUGGCACCCUGCCACUGAAGGCAAAGGAAACCCGAGUGAUUCCUGUGACUGUACCAGCGUCUGACUACCUGCCGCAGCUCACUGACUAUGCCGGCGUAACCUUCUUCAUCAUGGCUUCCGUCAAGGAGACCAAGCAACCAUUCAGCAGGCAGUAUGACGCCGUGCUUGAUAAGCCCGACCUGGAGGUCAAGACGGAGGGGCCCAUUGUGCGUGGCAAGCCGUUCACAGCGAUCGUGUCGCUGACCAACCCAUUGCCGUACCCACUGACUGACUGCAGCCUGCUCAUGGAGGGGUCCAUCAUUGAGGGCGCCAAACGGGUUAAAGCUCCACAUGUUCCAGUGAACGGUAAGAUGGCCCAGCGAGUGCAGCUGACGCCCAAGACUGCUGGAUCCUGUGACCUCAUCGUCAGCUUUAGUUCCCCGCAGCUCAGCGGUGUCAAGGCCCAUGUCACACUCAAUGUCAAGAGUGCUUAAUUUGCUAUGCGAGGUCGGCAUUUAUCCAACCAGAAGCUUCACGGAGCUAGCUGGGCAAGGAUAUUUGAUAAUCACAGGAAACAAUUGCUCUCAAAAACAAAAAAAGGGUUGCUGGCUGAAAAUUCAUAUAUAUCACUUUGAACUGGUUUUCAUAAAAAAAUACAUAAAUUUUGAAAGAAACAAUUAUUUCUUAAAUCCAUUAAUUUUUCUAGAAAUGCAAAAGAUAUUCCUACUAACAGCUGUAUGAAAUGAGGCCUCCGUCUCAAAUUUAAGAGUACCCCAUAUGUAAGCCAAAAAGCUCUAGGAAGUUGACCCAGAAGAAAUUUGUUAAGAGUUCACGGAUAAGCAAGGUAUUUGGGUAAGCUGCAUUUGUACAUUUUGUGUGUACUGGUUUUCUUUUCUGUUAAUUCUGUCACAGGAGCAGAAUUCCAUGGUUACUACAGAAUGUUGCAUCCCAGCGCCACUUUUUUAAUCGUAUAUCAUCUCAAUGAAGAUCAGUCAUUGCAAAAAAGUUGAAAAGAUAAAUCUGGCACUGAGAAACACUUCCAAUUUUGCUAAAAAUACUUUGAAAAAUGUUCUUGAGUCUCCAUUGACAUUGUACACAACCGCUGAAAUGGCAUCUGGAUGCUACAUUCUUUCCCUACAAUAAUCCAUGGCAUUGGGUGCUGUUCUUGAGCAUGUCAAAUAUUUGUUUUUCCUUUUGAUGUCUUGCAAGUAAUUAUGAGAAAGAAAAUUUCAGACAAUUUAAUCAAUUUUUUGAGUAUAAAAGUCGGGUAGCAUUUUAUGAGCACAUUUUAAAGUUUUGGAUACACGCAAGAUGUAAUUUUAACUGGGUUAUGGAAUUUUUGACUUGACCUGAAAUGUGCAGGGCACUUUUUACCAAUAUAAAUGUGCACUUUUUGCACAGGAAUUUUUUAUAUUCUUAUAGUAUAGUAAAAUCUUUUUCUUAUGCUCUGAUGAAAUUUCACCAGUUUCCUACUGGGGUAAAUUUUUGAUAGUGUUUCUUUAUUUUGAUUUUUGUGGUAUUUGUUUAUGGUGAGAUUUUUAUAAUGGUACAUGAUGUAGUGAGGGUUAGUGUAGAUAAACUUGUGAAAAUUAUUUCUUGAGGUUUUUAAACUUCCCUAAAAAAUGAUCAGAGAACUACGUUAGAAGUAGAAAAUCUGAAAGACUUUUUUUGG